UCGAGCAGCCCGCUCGGGGCACAAUAUAGAAAAAAAGUAAAACAUAAUAACAAAAUCAUGCAUUUCGUAUUGUUUAUAGUGCCCGUAGUGCUCCAGUAUGCGACUGCGGAAUAUUAUAAAACUAGGCCAAGUUUCAUAAGGACCUGCUACAAAAGUGAUCCAGAUUUUGAUGAUUGUUCAAAAGACGCAGUUCAACAACUAUUCAAUGCUUUAGGGCCAGGUCUGCCGGAAAUCGAUUUGCCGUCACUAGAUCCAUUAAAUAUCCCGAAAAUAAGGAUAUUGCAAGGAGAGGGACCAGUAAACGUUAACGCUGCACUUGAUAAUGUUGUCGUAACAGGUUUUGGAAAAACUGAAGUGUUGCUAAGCCAGGUCGACGGCAGAACGUAUGAUUUUUAUACAAAAGUACGAGUCCCUAAAAUAAGAAUAGAAGGCACAUAUGACUUGAAGGGGAAAAUCUUAUUAAUACCAUUAGUUGGAAAUGGUCUAUGUUGGUUUGAGCCCAGUAACAUGACAAUCGAUAUUGUCAGCGGAGUUAAACUAUACGAAAAAUCUGGUCUUCCAUUCUUUAAUGUAACGCAAUGCCACGUGAAAUACAAUAUAGGAGGCUUAAAAUUACACAUGAGUAAUUUAUUUGAUGGCAUUUCAUCUCUCGAAGAAAGUACCAACGCGUAUUUAAAUGCAAAUUGGCGUCCAGUAUCAGAAUCUUUGAGACCAAUUUUGUCAAAGACUAUAGAAGAUAUUUUACUUGGAUUUAUGCAACAGAUAUUCCACAACCUGCCAGCAAACUUCAUGAUAGGAGAUUUAAAAAGCCAUCUAUUAAAUAAGAAAAAUGAGAAGAAAGUAAACGAUUAAAUAAUAUUUCAAUAAGCUUA